CUCAAGCCAAUUGGCCUAAAGCAGCAGCAGCCCGUCGAGGGUUCUCUAGACUUUUUGAACACUCGCUCCUGCCUUCGCCACUUGACUCAUCAUCACCAACGUCACCCAUCACUCUUUUUCUACCACUACAUUUUCCGACUCUUCGGUUGACCUGAGCAAGAACAAUGUCGCUCGCACCGCGGUUCGCGCGACUGGCCGCGGCUGCUCGAGUCGGUGGCGGCGCCGCCGGCAGCAGCAGCAGCAGCAGCGUAAGCGUAAGCAGGGCGGCCACAGCUGCCUCGGUCGCUGCCCGAAGAAAUUACACGAGCCCGAGCCAGCCGGCCAAGAUGGCAACGCCCGUCGAUGUGGCCAUGGAGACAAAGGCUGGCCGAGGGAGCACGCAAAAGGUCAUGAACAACGACAUCAUCUCCGAGGUGCUCCACCAGGCGCCACGGGCAUCGACGGCACAGCGACCCAUCUACCUCGAUGCACAGUCGACGACACCCAUGGACCCGCGCGUGCUGGAUGCGAUGAUGCCGUUUAUGACAAACCAGUACGGGAACCCGCACUCGCGCACGCACGCCUAUGGCUGGGAGAGCGAGUCGGCCGUCGAGAAGGCGCGCGAGCACAUCGCCCAGCUCAUCGGAGCAGAUCCCAAGGAGAUCAUCUUCACCUCGGGCGCCACCGAGUCCAACAACAUGUCACUCAAGGGUGUCGCACACUUCUACGGCCAGAAGAAGCGGCACGUCAUCACGACGCAGACGGAGCACAAGUGCGUCCUCGACAGCGCGCGCAAGCUCCAGGACGAGGGCUUCGAUGUCACCUACCUGCCCGUGCAACCCAACGGUCUCGUCAAGCUCGAGGACGUCGAGGCGGCACUGCGGCCCGACACGAGCGUCGUCAGCAUCAUGGCCGUCAACAACGAGAUUGGUGUUAUCCAGCCGCUGGCCCAGAUCGGAGAGCUGCUCAAGACCAAGGGCGCGGCGCUGGCCAAGGAGGCCGGCCUGGGCGGCAAGCCCAUGUUCCACACCGACGCUGCUCAGGCUGCGGGCAAGAUUGCGAUUGACGUCAACAAGAUGGGCGUGGAUCUGAUGAGCCUGUCGAGCCACAAGAUCUACGGUCCCAAGGGCAUCGGCGCCUGCUACGUGCGCCGGCGGCCCCGCGUCCGUCUCGAGCCCAUUAUCAACGGCGGUGGCCAGGAGAGGGGUCUGCGCAGCGGCACACUUGCCCCGCAGCUCGUCGUCGGCUUUGGCGAGGCAGCCCGACUGGCACACCAGGAGCGCGAGUACGACUAUGCCCACGUCUCGGCCCUCGCGGCCCGGCUGCGCAACCGGCUUCUCGCCGAGAUCGAGUGCGUCCUCGUCAACGGCGACCCCGAGGGCUACCCCGGCUGCACCAACCUCUCGUUCCAGUACAUUGAGGGCGAGUCGCUGCUCAUGGCCCUCAAGGACAUCUGCCUCUCGUCGGGCUCGGCCUGUACGUCUGCCUCGCUCGAGCCCUCGUACGUGCUGCGUGCGCUGGGCCUCGACGACGAGAACGCCCACUCGUCGCUGCGCUUUGGCAUCGGCCGCUUCACCACCGAGGAAGAGGUCGACUACGUGUGCGAGAAAAUCAUCAAGGUCGUCCACAAGCUCCGCGAGCUGAGCCCGCUGUGGGAGAUGGUCCAGGAGGGCAUCGAUCUCAAGACGAUCCAGUGGUCUGGCUGAUUUCGUGACUCUUGUCACUUUUUGUGUACAUUAUUACUUCUUCUCUUCUUCUUUUCCCCCUCCUCACCCAGCAUCUUGAUCUUUGUGCGCAAUCUUGAAGAAGCCUAGCUCAGUCCUUCCGUCCAGUAUUUUCUCUCAUUUUCGGAUGCGUUUGUGCUUGCGGCGGCUGGGUGGAGCGGAGGCUAAAGCCACAGGCACACGUGUUUGCGAGAACAGCUUCGAGCUCUAAAUUUGUUGCCGUCGCCCGCU